AUGCCCCGCUAUUGCCCCGCGUGGCACGGCGACGGAAGCAAAUGUGGGAGUCAAAAGCAAAACAUAUACCGCGAUGAGCGAUGCAAUCAAGGCAAUUAUGAUGGAAUGGACCAAUACGCGAAGGAUAUUUACCAUCGUAUUAGUCGGAUCCUAACAUUGAGUGAGCGAUGCACUCUUCUACGAAUUUGCGGGCAGCCUCCCAAUCCGAAAUACUUCUUUGAUGCUGGUGGCCUGAUACCGAUCGCAGGCAAGGGCUACUCCGCAUCAGAUGGACAUCAGAAUGUCGAGCUUGUACUUGGUGCAAAGGGUCACAUAUCAAAGGAGAUAGCUGUCCAAGUGCAGGAUGGUUGCACAUUCUACCUAUUGUGGAUAGUCAAGAAAGAAUAG